CGUUUCUUCCCCUCUGUGAGGGCCAUCGCCAUCCAUCUCUAGUGGCAGCACUGGACUCCUACUGGUACACUUCUACUAGUAUCUCGACCUCGACGACAGCGAUGGCGGACGAGAAGAAAGACUCCCUGGCGGGAUCCAUCACCACCACCCCGGCCCCGGAGGCUGCUGGGGAAGAGAAGUACACGAUGAAGCAGCACUGGAAGUGUCUUGCGGCGUGCACGCUCAUGUCGCUCUGCCCGUUCCAGUACGGGCUCGACUUCGGCUUGAUCGGUGGGCUGCAGGCUAUGGUUGGGUUUCUCAGGGUGUUUGGCUACGAAGACCCCAGCCUGCCGGGCGGAUGGAACAUCUCGACCGAGCGACAGCAGCUGAUCUCGUCACUGAUGACGCUCGGCGCCUUCCUCAGCUCGUCGCUGGCCGGGCCGGUGGCCACGGUGCUCUCGCGCAAGUGGACUGUGUGGAUCGCCAGCGGGCUGUGCAUCAUGUCCAACCUGAUCAUGAUGCUGACGACCAACAUCGCGGGCCUGUACGCUGGGCGGCUGCUGCUGGGCCUGGCCAACGGCAUGUUCAUGACCUUCUCGCAGCUGUACAUCCAGGAGUGCUCGCCCGCGCGCUACCGGGGACUGAUGAUCUCGUCGUUCCAGGUGUGGACGUCGGUCGGCACCCUGGUCGGCACCGUGGUGGAUAAUUUCACGGCGCCCAUCGACGGCCGCGACGCAUACCUCAUCCCGCUGGGGCUGAUCUACAUCAUCCCCGUUCUUAUGUCUCUGGGGUUGUUGUUUGUGCCCGAGUCCCCCCGCUGGCUGGCCCAGCACGGAAAGCUGGACGACGCCCGCCGGGCGCUGCGCUGGCACCGCCCGGGCUCCGAGGUCGAGAUCGACCAGGAAAUGCGCGACAUACAGGCGGCGCUGGAGACCGAGAUGUCCCGGGAGAGUAGCGUGGCCGUCUGGGACAUGUUUCGCGACCCUGUCGACAGGCGCCGCACUUUCCUGGCCACCUGCGCGCUGACGGUACAGGGCGCGUCGGGGGCCAUGUACAUGAUCGCAUACGGCACCUACUUCUUCCAGAUGGCCGGCAUCGGCGACGCCUUCCAGAACUCGUGCAUCCUCAUCUCGGUCGGCGUCGUCGCCAUCCUCAUCAACAGCGCCCUGGUCACCCACUACGGCCGCCGCCGUGUCUUCCUCAUCACGGGCCUCUUCCUAUGCGGCCUCGCCCAGCUCCUGACCGCCAUCGUCUACCAGGUCAACCCAGGGGCCAAAUCGACGGGGCAGGCCAUUGUCGGGUUGGCGGUCGUGUACAUCCUCGGAUACAACGGCAUGGUGGCGACAUACGCCUGGAUCUCGGGCGGCGAGCUGCCCUCGCAGCGCCUGCGGUCGUACACCUUCGGCUUCGCCACGGCCAUCGGCUUCUUCGCCGCCUGGCUGACCACCUUCACGGCCCCCUACUUCAUCAACCCGGAGUCGCUCAACUGGGGGCCCAAGUACGGCUACAUCUGGACGCCGUCGUGCUGGAUCUCUGCGCUAUGGGUCUUCUUCUUCCUCCCCGAAGUCAAGGACCGGACGCUAGAAGAGAUCGACGAGAUGUUCGAGGCCCGCCUGCCGGCAAGGAAAUUCCGCAAGUAUGUCUGCGUCGGGCGCGCUGCCGAUGGAAGCUAUGCCACGCCACCGUCUGCGGACGAGAAGGAGGUCGCAGAGGUCGUGCACGCCGAGGAUACCACUACCAAGGCCUGAUCGGGUGAUGCUUUGGUUUGUUGGGAAUACUACUAGUUACAGUAAAAACUGCUAGUAGAUUCGUGGUGGACGGGCCUGGCUACGUGGAGUAACGUGUACCGUGUACCGAAUACAAGUACAGCACAGAAUCACCAGGCGAGACGUCAAGAGGGAUGUGUACUGUACGUACGUGGUGAUGCAUCAUUUCGAGGAAUGGAAAAGGGAUGCUAAUGGAC